GGAGGCGGCGAGGUGGGACUGUCGCCGGCGUAGAGGUGGUAGGCCUGGCCGAACAGAGCGGACUGAGUGGAGUCGGAAACCGGGGCUCUGGUUGGGCUGGGUUUCCGUGGCCUUGUUUCUGAAAGGACAGCUCUUAACAGGGCCCCUAGGGAUUAGGGAGAAGCGCUGUUGUGUCUGGGUUCAGAUGGGAUGGGCGCGCGGGGGAUGGAACAUUGAGGGGCACCAUGCCUGGCCUGGCGCGACACUCCCAGAACCGCUGUGGCUGAGAAGCGGGCUCGCGAAUUUUAAAAUGCCUUCAUGGAGUUGGUUGCAUAUGUGAAGAUGUGACAUUAUUCUGGCCCUUACAAGCCGCUCCUAGAAUAUGUCCCCCUGUUUUGGAAGCUGCGACAGAAUGCAUAGGAGAUAGCAGAAGUUCUUGAUGUGAUAGGACCCAAAACGCGUUUGGACUUGUAGGUCGCUAAAGUUGCCAUUGCACAGGAGAAACACAAGCAUUCCCCUGUGUCCACAACCCCAGAUACACUUUGCAUUUUAGUAAGAGGCUAGGCACACCGAGAAGACAGAUGAGCGCCGCAGCCGCCUUUCUUCCUAGGCAUGUGAAGGGAAGAUGAACUUACUGGGCAAGAAUUCCCAUGACUGGACAGUGCUGUGAGGAGCUGCAGAAAGCCCCAAGCCCAGGAUGGCACUAAGAACCAAGAAAGGAUUGAAAGGAUCCAUUGAUGAUGUCCUUGGUGAUCUCCUGGGAGAUGACACCACACUGCUUGAGAAGCCAUCUUCACAUGCAAAAGACACAGCGAGCUCGCCUCAGUGGCCGUCCUCAAAGGCAAAGUUCCUCCCAAAAGACACUGUUGAAGGAUUGGCAGGAGCUGAUGCUGAGGUCUCCAGCGUCUCGGAUGCAGACCCGCAAGUCUUUUUGCAGAACAUGAAGGACUUGGACAGCAUGGAUGAUGAUCUGUUUGGCCGGAUGAAGUCUCACACACCCCCCGGCAAAGGAACUGCAAAGGGUUCUGGGAAAGAAGUACCUAGCAAUCCCAAGCCUGCGGGCACAUUAACAGCUAAUGAGAAAGGGGACACCAUUCCCACUAAGAAGGCACCACCAUCUUCCAGCAAGUUUGGGCUUCAGUAUAAGAAGUUUUCCUUUGAAGACUUUGAAGACCCACUGGCAGGACUUCUCUCUGAUGAAGAAGAAGAAACUGCCAAGAAGCCACCAGCGAUGGAGAGUAGACUUGCUUCCAAGAACCCAAGCACAGCAGCAGGCCAAGGUCCUUCUGUUCCUCUAACCCCUGGGGAUACGCCCAUCCGGAAGAAAGAACAGCUGUUUGAUGAAGGGGAUGACAUCAUGAUGACCCUGGGCUUUGAAGACAGCCCCAAGGCAGAGGGGAAGAAGACAGGAGAACAGGAAGGGCCCCCCCCUGCUCGAUCCAAGCUGGAUGAAUUGCUGGGUCGAGGCACAGCUGCCAAGCUUCUCACUCGCCCAGGCACUGGGGACCGCAGAGAGUUCAAGUUAGACAAGAAGUAUCAGAAGCCAGAGGACAAAGAAGAUAGCUGGGGUGAUGAAAUCCUCACCUUUGGGGCUUACCAGCCUACGGUGGCCUCUGAGGGCCGCCAGUCCCGCAGGCAGUCAGUCAGCAGGUUCUUGGGAGAAGGUGGCCCAGACCCUAAGGGAGAAACCCUAAGCUACAAACAGAGCUCUCCCCCAGCCUCCAGCCCUAUCCACCCCAGGAAAGGAGGAGCUGACUGGCUAGGCCUUAAGGAUGAUGACCUGGACCUCCUGUCUCCCUCUCCUGUUCAAAAGGCCCAACAGGAAGACUCAGCCAUGACACCCUCUUUCCUUCCUCCUACAAACCAGCCCCCAACCCCAGAGCCACAGUCUGCCCCAACUGGACUUCCCUCAGCAGCAAAGCCACCAGCCAAGGGUGCCAAGCCCUCUGUCAAAGCCAGCCAGGCCUCCUCACUGAAAGCAUCUGAGGAGAAAGAAGAUGACUGGUUGAGCCAUGUCAUAUCUCAGAAGAAAUCCCAAAGUCUAGCCAGAGAGGAGCGUGCUGGGCCCACGAAGGAUCUGACUUCAUUGGGGUCACUGGCUCAGACCCCUUCUAGCAGCCUGCCUGUUGCUGGCACUCAGGUCCUUGAACAGGCCACUGCUGGAGAAGCCUUGAGACCAACCACACAAGGAAUUGCAGCUGUCAGGCCUGGUGUCACAGGGGCCUCCAUGAGUUGGAGCCAAGCCACUACUGUUCUCCCUACAGAUGACCCCAAGAGAGGAGUGGCCUCCGCCUCCGGGGACUUCUCUAGCAGAGAGCCUCCAGUUUACACUCCACAUUCCCAGGAACCCUCGGGGCUCUCUGUGCCUAUCCAGACCCUCCUCCCAGAGUCCAUGAUGCACAGUCUGCUGCCAGGCUCGGGAUACCAGAAGCAGCUCCUGGCUGCCCAAGGGCAGCUUCAGAGCAGCACUGCCCAACUGCAGGUUGAGCUGCUGCAGAGCCAGACCAAGGUGUCAGAGCUGGAGGCCCAGGUGCGGAAGUUGGAGCUGGAGCGGAGCCAGCACAGGAUGCUGCUGGAGAGUUUGCAGCAGCGGCACCAGGCAGACCUGGAGCUCAUUGAAGAUGCACACAGAAGCCAUGUCAAGGUGCUAGAAACAUCCUACCAGCAGCGGGAGGAGCAGCUCCGCAGAGAGAAGGAGGUGCUAUCAGCUCAACACACAUCCUACUGCCGGGAAGCUGAGCAGGCCAGAGCUGAGCUCAUAGCCCAGCACCAGCGGCAGAUGGCUGUGGCUGAACAGGAGAAGGACCAGGAGGUUGCACGGCUUCGAGAGCUUCAGCAGGCAUCCAUCCUGGAGAUGCGCAAGGACCAUGAGCACCAGCUGCAGCGGCUGAAGAUGCUGAAGGACCAAGAGAUCGAUGCUGUCACCAGUGCUACCUCCCAUACUCGGUCCCUGAACGGUAUCAUCGAGCAGAUGGAGAAGUUCUCUAGCAGCUUGAACACGCUGUCCUCCCGUGUGGAGGCCUCGCACAUCACCACCUCACAGGAACGAGAGCUGGGCAUCCGGCAGCAAGAUGAGCAGUUGCGAGCUCUGCAGGAGCGGCUGGGCUGGCAACAACGAGACGUGGAGGAAGAGCGUAGCAGGCUACAGGAGGUCAUUGGGAAGAUGGAAGUGCGCCUGAGUGAGCAAAGCCGGCUCCUGGAACAGGAACGUUGGCGGGUGGCUGCCGAGAAGUCCAAGGCAGAAUCAGCCCAACGCACUCUGGAGGAGCAGAGGAAGAUCAUGUUCCAGCAGAUUGCCAUGGAGAGGGAAGAGCUGGAGAGAGCCAAGAGCGCCUUGCUAGAGGAGCAGAAGUCAGUCAUGAGUAAGUGCGCAGAGGAACGGCGGCGCCUGGCAGCAGAGUGGGCGGACUACUUCACACAGCAGAGGCUGAGUAAGGAGCGGGCAGAGCGUGAGGCUGAGAGGGCGAUGCAUGCAGACUCCCAGCGAGAGGGCACCAUCAUCAGCCUGACCAAGGAGCAGGCAGAGCUGACAGUUAGGGCCUGUGAGCUCCGGGCCAAGGAGGAGAAGCUGGUUGCUGAGAGGGAAGCUUUGGAGAGAGAGCGCCAAGAGCUCCGACUGGAGAAGGACAGGUUACACAAAGCCAGCCUGCGCCUCCAGGCCCGUGCACAGGAGGUGGAACACAUGAGUAAGGUAGCCUCCAAGAAGUAUGAGGAGGGUGAGCAGGCCUUGCUGGAGGCCCAGCAGAUGCAGACUGAGCAGCAGGGCCGGCUGCAGGUAGUCCAGCGGCAGCAGGAGUGGCUGCGGCAGCAGGAGCAGCGUGUGCACCAGGAACAUCUGAGCCUGGCUCAGCAGAGACUGCAGCUGGACCGUGUGCGGCAGGAGGUGCCUUCUAGCCUUCCAGGGCUGCCCUCCAGACUCCAGGGCCCAGCAGCCUCCAGCCUGGAUGCUGUCCAGGCCCCUGUUUCCACCACUCCUCAGUGUGGCCAGGCAGCUGCUGCCCAGGUGCCCACACAGCUUCUUGCCAAACUGCUGCUGCUAAAGCACACAGCAGAAGAGGACCACGAUUUCUUGGAAAACGAACAGUUCUUCCUGGAGACGCUGAAGAAAGCGCCCUACAAUAUGGCGUACCAUUCUGCCUGAACAUGCCCACGGCCUCCUCAUCGAACAUCGGGCCCUGGAACUCUCAUCUGCUGCUGAACCGCCCACUUCGGCUUGAGAAAGGCUCCUAGGAAGCACUGCACUGCCCAGAGCCUGAUUACAACUUCUCUGUGGACAGGAUAUCUGUGUGUUCUUCCCAGGCGCUCUGACCUGCAGUUAAGAGGCAGCAGGUGUCUCCCCCAGGGAGCAGUGACAGUAAGGCCAUCUUACCACCCAUCGCCCACAAUUGUCUCAUAAUAAGACCCCAGCUCAUCACCGCCUUCCAUGGCAGCCACUAGGGGUCUUUAUGCCUGGGCUACUUUUGAGGCAGGGGCUUAUUUCAGGGCAGUAGGGUCAUACACCACGAUCAGCCUUUACUCUCCAUGAGAGGUCUUUCAAAUGGGAACAGGGAGAGGGCCUUCUAGCUGCGUGAGUGGGAGGCCUAGCCAGGGACAAGGGUGGCACUGUGCUGGGCGGACCAUGUCAGAUGGAUUCUGGGACUUCAUCCAGCACUUCAUCUCACGCGCAGGCAGCUCACCCAGGGACCUGAUAACUCAGCAGCAACACUGGUUUCUUCUGCGCCAUCCCCGUCCCUACCAGAGGUGGGGUGGGGAGUUGUAGUAGAGCUGUGUGUGGAGAAGUAGAGGAGGAAGGGAAACUGUGAGUGCUAGAGACUCCCUGAAGACUAGGAAGGAGCCCUGGGGCCAGCUGCUGCUCCUCCAGAACCCACUGUGCCAAGACCCUCCAGCAGGGAAUCAGGAGGGCCCUCGGAGGGGAGACGACCCAGCGGACCUAGGACUCGGAAUCUGCACUUGCUACACAGCAGCUCCCUCUCUUCCCACCUGAGAGGGCGCGUCCACAGGAGCAGGCGGGAAGAGGAGGGCACGCCAGAGGAUAAGGGACAGCUGCCCUGCUCUUCAGAACCUCUCCUGGAGGGACCUGCAACCUUGCUAUCCAACCCAUUAAACUGCUGUGUUC